UAAUGAGAAAACAUUUUCAGUAAAAAGUUAAACUUAUUGUUAUUACCAAAAAAAUCCAAUAAAAUCCAAAAUGGUGCAACGAUCAUACAGCAUUCUGAUUGUGUCAUUUGUUUUGGUUUCUAUUACUUUCACUUUACUUUAAUCAGCUAAAGCUUAAUAUUUUAGCCAAAUAUUAUAAUUUCAAAUUUAAUAUAUUAGUAAAUUAUAUCUUCUUUUAAUUAUCUCUUAAAACUCUUAUUAUUUUUUUAAUACUUUGAAUUAGCUGUUGUCAUAAGGCUUAAUAACUCAGAUUCACGUACUGUUAUUUACAUAUAAGGAAUCCUUUAAUUUAGAAUAAAGGUGUGUACAUGUGUAGUCGGUUUGACUCGUUAAAAUUUUAAAAAUUUAGAACGUAUUUUUUAAAAACCUCGUUAUGCACUGUGUACCUAACCCGAGCGUACAUUGUGAAGUGAACCAGUGACAACGAAAAUGUAUUGGGUUUGUAAUUAUUUUACCAGAAUUUAUGUAUUUUUAUUCGCUCAUCUGAUUCCACGAGGAGUAAUUAACGUAUCAAUUAUGGUUGUUUCAACAAUAAUUUAAGACUUAUAGAUUUACCCAGUUGAAAUUGUGAUUCAGAACCUAUAACCCUCUAGAUGUUGCCUUGGAAAUUUAAGAGGUCCCGGAGCCUGCCAGUGAAGGCCUCGGAAAGCUGAUGCUGCGUGGGCGUGAUGAGCGGGGAAACGAGUCCGCUCAGCGACACAGUGGCAGUCCCGACUUCCGGCCGCCUUGGGCACGACAAGAAGCACACAGAAGGGGGUGAGACCGGCCAUGGUCCCGGAGCCUGCCCAGUGAAGGCCUCCAAGAGCAAAACUGUCCCCUCGUCGCGAUGAGCGGGGACACGAGUCCGCUCAGCGACACAGCGCCAGCCUUGAUUCGUUCGGGCCGCCUUGGGGACGACGGGAUGCCGACGGGCGUGGGUGAGAGCGACCCCGGUAGCGGGGCGGACGGCGCUCGACCCACGCGAUGCAUUGUCGCCAACUGCACAAGUAACAGUGCUGCGUCCUGCGGGGCGGUGUUCUUCGGGCUGCCCGCUGAGAAGGACAGGUGCCAACACUGGCUGAAGAUUUGUAAGCAAGAGGAUUUGGUAGGCAAACCUACUAACAACUAUGUCAUCUGCUCGAACCACUUCAUAAAGGAUCACUUCAAAGAUGCGUCGAAAACGGCGCUGACGAAUCUUGCAGUGCCGACCGUAUUUGACAUGGUCUGUGCCAGUGAAGCGGAGCAGCAGGACGGAUGCGAUGAAAAUGUGGAGUACGAGGUGAAUGAAACGGAUGACGAAUUCGAGGAUGACGAUAGUAAGUUUGUCAGUGGGCAGCUGUGUAGGCUGUGUGGAUCUCAUUCGCAAGACGUCGUCUACAUCUUCAGCUCCGCCGGGAGCAGUAUGGAGUUGGCCAGCAAGAUCAACUCUCUGCUGCCCAUCACAGUGGGUAGCGGUGAUCAUCUUCCGAAGCAGGUCUGCGUAUCUUGCGUCACCAAGCUGAACACCUGCAAAGACCUAUUCGAAACGUGCAUGAGGACCGAUGAACAUUUGAGGUACUUGGCAAGAAAGAAGUUGUUCAGGUCUAGUCCCUGCACUGAUGUGUGCCCUUUAAAUUCAAAACAAAAUCAUAAAAAUAAAACAGAUGACUGUGUUGACAGAAGUCGUGGGAGUCCAGAAAUCCAUUUAAAUUGUGAUCAGCCUGAAUUAGAUACAUCGGGUAGUUAUGACAGUGAUGCGAAGCAAGGAAACUGCAAUCUUUUUAACAUGGCUUCGGUUAGUGAUUCAUACGUAUGUCCAUUUAAUUGUGGAGGUGCAAUGGUUGUAAAAAGUGUUUUGUUGGAUAGUGGGAAUCGAGAAGAUGGUUUGAGCAAAGACUUAAAUACUUCAAGUAAGAAUUCAGGAAAUCAUGCAGAUGAAGACGCCAAUGGUUUAGGGCCACAAAAUGUCUCAGCAGUGAGAGAGAUUUCUUCAAAUGUUGUUUAUGAAUUGACAGAUAGCGCUGGCCAGAAGUAUGCAAUACCAGAGUGGUGCCAGGCAGGCACGAACAUUGACAACUUAGAAAUAAUCAUCCACACAUUGAACCCAAAUUUUGAACUGGCCGACGAAGAUUGUCCGACAGCUACGCAGGAAGUUAAAGAAGAAGUCCGUGACAACGCGUGCCAAGUUUGCAAUGAGACGUUCCCGAACUCGGAGCUGUUAGCGGAACACUCCAAGGGCCACCGGGACAGCGCCUCUCUCUGCACCUUGUGCAUGGUUCGUUUCCAGAGUCCCGCCGAGCUGGCUUCUCACAUGGCGGGUCACAGGGGGAACCACAAAAAGAUGGUCAAGAUUGCCAAUUCCAGGAGGUUCGGUUGCUCCGUGUGUUUGAGAAAGUUCAACAACGAGAAGACUUGGAGGCGACAUUCCUGCUCCCCGAGCGAACACAAACUGUUGCGGUGCUCCAUUUGCUCGAAGGUGUUCCACACGGAAGAGCGCUUGGCCUUCCACAAGAAACUUCACAACGGCGCGGAAAAAAACUACUGCGAGAAGUGCUCGAAGCAUUUCGACACGGAAAGUCUUCUCUACGCCCACUGCAGCUUCGCGCACAAGGAAGACAAGCCGUACGCCUGCGGCUUUUGCAAGGAGCGGUUUUUCUCCGCGGCGGGGCUGGUGGUCCACGAGUGCGUUCGCGGGGCCGACAGCUGCCUCGAGUGCGGGGAGUGUCGGAGGAGGUUCCGUAGCAGAGAGGCUCUGACGCGCCACCGCGCGACGCACGGGCCCGUCAGGGGCCUCCAGUGCGAGCUUUGCGGGCUCCUGUGCGAGCGGAAGGGCGCGCUGAGGCGGCACGUGCUGGCCCACCACCGGCCCCCCGACCACUCGAAGCGCGGACACUCGCUGAUACACUACCGCUGCAAGCCCUGCGGCAAGACCUUCACCGGGUCCCGGGACGUGCUCGCUCACGAGAGCACUCAUCGGGGCGUGGACGCGGAUGGGUCCACGUCGCCGCCCCUCGUUUGUGGAUUCUGCACGGAACGUUUCCCCGACCCGCGCGUCCUGGCCCGGCACCGGAGAGAGUCCCACCGCGACGAGAAACCCUACGUGUGCAGCGUUUGCGAGCUGUGUUUCCGCACGCUCCACGAGGCGCGGCGCCACCGUAGGACCCACGCCGAAGCCGGCGGGGGCCUCGGAGCAGCGCCGGGAGACACCGCCGCCGAGAACACGCUCGUGUGCGAAGCGUGCGGCGCCCAGCUCUCCGGCGGCUGGAAGCUCCGCGCGCACAUGAAGCUCCAUCGGCGGGAGCCGGGCGGGCGCUCCGCGGGAGGGAAGCCGUUCCCCUGCGGGCAGUGCGGCAAGAGCUUCUCCCAGGGCUCCGCCCUCCACGUCCACGCGCUGCUGCACACGGGGGAGAAGCCCCACCCCUGCGACCUGUGCGGGGCCACCUUCCGCAUCAAGGCGGACCGCGACAACCACCGCCGCACCCACACCGGGGAGAAGCCGUACCGCUGUGAAUACUGCUCCAAGGAGUUCCGCACGGGCCAGGUUUACUACCAGCACCGAAUGAUCCACACGGGGGAGCGGCGGUUCCCGUGCGACGUCUGCGGCAAGGCGUUCAAGCGCUCGCACACCCUGGUCGUGCACAAGCGCAUCCACACGGGGGAGAAGCCGAACGUGUGCGACGUGUGCGGCAAGGGCUUCCGGCAGCGCACGGACAUGCGCAAGCACCGGGCGCUGCAUGCCCGCCGCUGAGCUCCGGGGCGUGCUUGCGGGAUGCAACGGGGCGUCACAUCUGUUAGUGUUCGCAAAGAAAAUUUUUUUAUAGUCAUGGACGGUACACGUCGGUGUGUGUAUAUUUUCCACGCAAAAACUUGGUACUCGCAAGCACCUACUUGUUAAAUCCAAAUCACGCCACAUUAGUAGAUAGCAUCCGUGUGAAUAGAGACCUGCAAAAUUCGUGGAUUCAUUUCGUGAUCUGAUACAACUCAAAUAAUUAUACCUUAGCGCUUUUUUUGCAAUUGGUUCACUGUUAAUCCGGAGUAAUGAGGGCCGAUUAGAGACCUCUCGCUCAAAGAAGUGUCGAAUCACAGACACCCGGUCGAGACGACUCACAAGUCAGCAGCCAAUGAACAGGUGGCAUUUGCCCGAGUGUGUAGAGUGUAGUAGAGUCUAUCCUGGAGGUCAUUGAAUCCGCGAAUUUUUUGCAGGUCUCUCUACGUGUGAAGGUGGGGUGAGUCACUAGUCAUUAUAUGAGGUACAUAGUAAUAGUUAAUUUUGUCAUCUUUACCACCUAAUGACUUAACUCUUUUGUUAUUUGGUAAUUUUUGUAUAAAAAAGCGUCCUCGGCCGUUCCACGCAGUGGCGACUAAGAGUUGAUGAGAGUGCUUACCUGCCAGGUUACAUCGCCAGCAGUGACUGGCACGAUCGUAGGAAAUUGAUUCCAGCAUCCGAACUCUCGUAUGAUGCACUCGGAAUCUGAAGAGAAAAAAAAGUAUUUCGUUACUUCCAGAAUACUACAUCUUUCUCUGGUAACUAUUUAUGUGUUUUACCUGUACAGUCUAUUUGAGAAACCGUUUUCUUUCUCUCACGUCUCAGUGCGAUAACUCUGUACUGUUUGCAAGGAAAUAAGUAUUGUGAAAAAAGUAAAAAAGACUGAUUGAAUUUUAGCUCAUUAAUUUUUAUUGGUUUUUUUUUUUAACAUAAUCUGCAUGGCAGCACGUGUUUGUAAUCUGAAAGGAAGAUAAUAUGGCCUUUGUGGCUUUGCAAGUCAUCCUUGCUUUCAGUGGUAACAUUUUGCCUUGCCAAAGGUAUUUAUUUACUGGAUGGUGCAGUCUGUAAAAUAUAAAUGUUGUGUUCAAAAGUAUUACCAUUGACAAAUAAAUAUUUGUUCUUUUGUGCAUAAACAAUCCAAAAGUCACAAUCCA